AGAGAGAGAGAGAGAGAGAGGUCUCGCUCUGUCCAUUAAUCAACGCGAACGAGCAUCCUGAGAAUGAUAAUCGAUCUCGAAUCCUCGAUUUGGACACUGGCCGAAGGGCUCGUCGAAUUUUCGAUCAAAUUUUCGGUAGGGACAACUUACUUUGGGAAUUUUUUUCGAAAUGAAAGGUUCAACGAUUCGAUCGCGAACAUGUGCGAACAUAGAAAGUUGCUUUAUCGACGAACAGCCGAAAAUUGAAAUUAGUCUAAAUUGACAGGAGAAUAGCCGAUUUUUGCCGGAGCGAUUUACCGCACGCUACCCCCGCCAAUAUUUUGCUCGCUUUCCAACAGCAGUUACGACGACGCCUUUAUCGCGACUGCAUAAUCGUACAAUUUGAAAUUCUAUCCUGCCGUCGUGCAUCCAUCGAUCUCAUGCAACUUUUAUCAAAAGAGGAGCAUAAGGAACCCUUUGAAUUCAACGCUAUUCACGUCGCGAGUUCUCGCUUUCUCUUUCAGGGACAAAAGGGUGGCGCGGUCUUUUUUCUAGGAAAAAAGACCAGGAAAGAAAAAAACAUUAGGGUACGAAUCCCCAUCGAUCGUCUUAACUUGGUCCCUUUGACCACGACCACUCGCCCUAACGUGGUUUCACAUAUUUCAAAACAGCCGUGAUAUUCUUCCGCUCACCCUAAGGCGAUGUUACAUAUUUUACUUUACAUUAUUCAUCCCCUUACCCUUGGCUCGCUUUACGCGCCAACAAAUGUUCUUUCUUAACUGUUCAUAAGGAGAAGACUAUAUUCCCUUUAAGAGAGUUCUACCACUGACCAACAGAUUUCUCUUUCUUUAACGCGUUGCUUGUCACCUCCUCUUUCGAACUUCAAAGAAAGUUUGAAGGAAACCUUCGAGCAUUUUUAUUAUCGAACCAACGAUUCUAUAUUCCCUGGCAUGUUCGUCGUUCAAACGAUUCGUAACGGUCGAAUAUUAUAUUGGACGGACGGCGCCGCUGUUGCGGCAGCGAAAACGUUAGGAAAAUCCAUUAUGCUCGUUUCCCGCGUAAUCUGACGUCUCGUUCGCGAAAAAGGAAGGAAAAUCAUCGUUUCCCAUUAGAUGCCGCGCGUCGCUAAUAAAGUUCGAGAGCACAAAGGACUAUGGUAACGGCACGGCGUUGCGACCCCUUGCGAGUCCUGGCAACUGGCUGUUUGCUUAUCUCCGCGUAUAUCUCCCUUAACGAUACGGAGUCUGGUGAAACUGUGAUACAGCCGCAAUAUUAAUAGGGUAUACCCUUCCCUUUCGGCCACACGGAAGAUUCAGCCCCGAAGACAGAUCCAGAGCUAAUAUUGUUAGCCGGUCCUGCGGGAGUCGUGGCGUGCUCUCGAACAAACAGACAAUGCGUCGAGUGGAUUCGAAAAGCCCGGAUAAACACUCUAAUAUCUGGAAGAUCGGAACCCUUUCUACGCGAUCAACCUCUCACGAUCACUUAUUUUACCGAGAGUAUCGUUCGACCAGUUGGACUGAAAAUUGUCUUUGCCGAGCGGUCUCGUUUCUUCGAGAUACUCGACGAUAGUGGGAGAAAAGAAUCGUACGCGUAUCCUAUUUGUUCGAUUAUUCGAAAUAACGGAUUUGUACGCGUACUCGAAUAUUCGCUACACUCCCAACUUGAAUCGUCGAUUUCUUGAAGUAGUGCACGAUUCAUCGACGCGUGGACGAGGGUCAAUUAAAUGCUAUUAGCGUGGUUGGAUUUUGGCCAAUCCUCGUAACGAGGCCGACACACAGAGAGGAUACGGGAGUGGAUAAUACUCGCGUAAACCCUCGUGCUGAUCUGGAUCCCUGGACAUCGUGGAUCCUAAUCGGAUUGCAGCCGUGUAGUUCGAGACGCGGUAUCCUGGAACAUUAAUUUUUAUGGGCUUUCGAUACGAGCCACGUAACACGCUCGACCCUCUGGGACACUCCAGCCCUCCGUCCCGAGUACAGUAACCGCCGAAUAAUACCGGCUCGAGAAACUCUAAUAAUUGGAGGAACGUAUUCGUACGUCAGUUUAUUCCGUUUCGAAAUUGAAUCGACGAUUCGUCUAUUAAUAAUCAUUCGAAUACUAAUAAUGCCCCUGGCGUGCCAACGUCUCAGGAUUCCUCGAGCGAUCGCGACAAAUAAUAAAGUAAAUUAUGUGCGAGUAUAUGUGCGAGUAUUAUGCCAAUUAGUAUCGUUUUCUUCUCGUCAGGCGAGGGUUUAAAUCGGUACGGUUAGCACGAUAACCUUUGCGCAACGCGCACCGACGAGCAUGAACUUCGCUUCACCAGUCAAAGUUCUCGAUCCGAGCGUUUCCAGAAUUAGCCAAUCGGCAACUGCACGAGAAUAGAACCGAGAACGAGGCGCGAUUAAUAACAAUUAAACGGCGAGAUACGCGAUGCAAUUCAUCCACGGUAAGAUCCAGCCACUAUCUAAACGAGUAAACGCGACAGUUAUCGUGGCUCAAGAACAGUCUCUCCUCUCCGACGCAGAGAAAGGGAAGGAACGAGAAGUCAGAGGUCGGCAAUCGUCGCGUCAACUAAUGUUAUGGUCUAUCUUGUAAGAGGUUGGUUAAUAGGCAUCUCAGGAGUCGCUAAUAUGUCGAGCGCCGUCGAGGGGAGCACGACUCCCAUAAUCGUAACUGCACUCGUCUACCGCGGAAAUUACGCUUUUCGUCUCCUAACUCGGGCCUUAGGGAAUUUUCUAUCGUUCCUACCAGUCUUGCUGGAAAUUGCCUCCCUCUCUCUCUCUCUCUCUCUCUCUCUCUCUGCCGAAUCUUGACGUUUAGGUAACACCGUUCCUCGUUAACGGAGACUUCCAAUUCGAAAUGUUGAAAAGUCGCUAAACAUAUCGCGAGAGCCGAAAAACUCGGUUUCGUGGCACGCAACGCGUCGUCCGCAUCGAUCAAACAGCCCCUAGACAAAUAAUCGUCGAAUGCAUCGAUGCACUCUCUGGUUGAAAGUACAAAGCACGAUAUUCAACGGUUGAGAAAACAGCUCACGUUGUACCCCGCCCAAAGUAUCGACCACCGCGAUAUUUCACCGUUAUGUUUAAUAAUUCGCAGACAGUCCGUUGGAGGACUGGCUUUCUCCUCUUUCUCUUCUUUCUCUUCUUCCUCUUUGACCCCGCCUUUUCCGUCUCGCUUCGCCCCUCGAAGCUUUUCCAUCGGCUUAUAUCUCUGCCUCGCCGAGGAUGUCGUAGUUGCCAUAAGUUUCACAGCCUCGUGAGCUACUUGAAGUAUGAAAUGAACUACGUGCCCCUCUUACGAGAUACGAAUGCCGAAAUGGCGGACGUUUUUCUUCUUUGAACGUUCCACGAGUAUCCCGUCAAGGUGAUUUUUAACAUCGAAACGAAAACAUCUACCGCUUUAUCGGAUUUCGGCAGACGCGUCCCGAAAGUCGACUAGCUUGUCGUAUUCACUUGCAUGGCAGAUUCUAACAUUGGUUCGAUGUUCGUUGGCAGAAGGUAACCGGGUACCAUAACCCAGGAUGGCCAAGUGGGAAUACAAGUUUCGGUUUCGCGUUAACGGUAGUUUUACGAGCCAAACUUCCAGCAUGGGAUCUGACUUCUAUGAAUAUUAACCUGAUCCCCUUGGACCGCCCGUUUCAUCCCCUGGUGUGUAAUUAUCGACUACGGGCUAGGGCCGGAGACUCGUUCGGCUUUCAGGAUGUAGAUAUCGCGUUCGCGAACGAUCAAGAUUAUCAAUAUUAUCUUGCAAAAGCAAAAAAAAUCAGUUUUUCGAUCCCCCGUACGGUAUCCGUGUGUCGAAAAUAAACGAUUGUUCUCGUUCCGCGAAACUUUUUCAUUGUUCCACAGCCACGCGACUCAUUUAGUAAUCUUCCAUGCCCAUUAUCAUUUUUUAUUGCUCCUUUGGUCCGAGAUAACGUUUACCCUCCCGCGCUACGAGCAAACGUUAUUCGUUGAUCGGUCGAAUCUCCGAAACGAGGCUUUCGCGUUCGUCAGGGUAAUUUGCCAGGGACAAUGGUUGAGCGAAACCACCGGACAUAGCUACGGAAUCAUGCCAUACGUAUUCAUCGGACGAACGGCGAUCCGUAACUCCGUCUGCGAGCAACUGACACGACGUACACAGGGCGCAUUCUGCGCAACCCCAUGGAAUUACGUUCGCGAGCCAGCCAGAUCGCUGGACGGAUCGACCUCUAGAUCGGCUACGGGAGACAAGGGGACCACGGUUAAUGGGAAUUCGUCGGCAAUUUCGCGUACGGAGUUGUCCUUCUGGAACGUGACGGGAAUGCGCGGUCGACGAAUUUCUUCUUCGUUCGUUUUACGGAACGAACGAACGAACGAUGGAUGGAUGGAGGGUGUAAAAUUGGAUGGCUUGUAAAAUGGAUUUUUAUAGCGACGUUUAAUGUUCGAGCACGUUGUCUACCGGUCGGGGAACGAUCGUUCGACUUUCUCCGCAAGCGGCGAAACGUUUCAAGGGGAGUUUCAGUAGUACGAGUCGACGGAUAAGUUGACUAGCGUUCUCCGCCAUAGAGUAUAGGAUUUUCUCGAAACGCGAAACGCGAAACGCGAUAAUUCGUGACCGAAUUUAGACGUGUUCCUUGGACCGGACAGCUCGCGAUUUAUGGAAUCCGUAUCGCGUCGUUUCCCCGUGACAGCCGUUCCCGUGUAUCGAUAGGAAUUUAGGCGGACUUACGAGCGAAGGCUGUUGCGUGUCCUGCAAUCGGUUCGAUUGUCUCGGAACGAUCUCAUUUAUCUUGCAGUAUUCCAGCGGUCGGAUCUCUCCUCGUUGCGAAAUUAAUCAGACUCCCUUCCUUGCUUGGAUGGAUUUAACGAAUAUGGAUCGCGUCUGAUACCAUCUACCACGUGCGCCGUUCGAUUCUGACACGCGUCAAGCUUAAUGAAAUACCGCGUAGAAUCGCUACCGCUUCGACGAUCGCGAAAAACUAUCUCGAAAUUAUUUCGGACUAAGUCGCUAGGCGGAUGUACGAUAAAAGAACAUCCGUCUCGUUCUCCUCCCCUUCGUGUUCUCGUUUCCUUCGAUUAACCAUUAGGACGAGUCCGUCGGAGUAUUCACCGGUUCCAAGUUUCGUAACGAGCUGGCAUAGCUGGCUAAUAUUCCCACGACGAGCCACCGCGUUAAGGGUUGCGUAGUUGGGGCUCGGAUACUCGAGAGGCUGUAGGACGGACGUUUCCUUUUCGCGUCGAUCUUGCUUCUCUAGUUUGCGUGCCAACUUUCGACGGAUCGAGGCUAAUGGGCUCCCUCUCCGCUUCUCUUCGAGAACAGACUUUUCUUUUUCGUCGAAGACGUCCCGCGAGGCAAAUAUCGAAAUCAUGUACGAAGUCGUUACGUACGAACCCUAAGAACGUGUUCGAUAACGACCGAGAAAAAUCGGUUCAAGUACCGGAGCAAAUAUUCCCGUCUAUCCCGUAACAAUAUACAUAUAAGGGAAGAGAAAAAAUACUAAUUUCGUAAAGAACAACGUAAAGAAUCCCUGUUUCGAGUUACUUUAUCCUCGUGAACGGCAGAAACCGGUAGAAAGGGUACACACUACCACGGACUGCCCCAUGACGUUUCUUUUUUUCCCCUGUUCAUUAUUCCCGCGACGUACACUUUAUUCGCGUUUUCGUUCCGACGAUUGUGCGUUCUGACAAUGGACCGACGACUCGUGCUCAAGUUUCGAUUCUGUCUGUGGCAGUUGCUUUUUUUCCGUAACAGGGCAGCCUGUUCUCGACCACAGGCAGCGGAAACUUGACGACGCGACGCGUUUCGUCGCUCGUGAAACUUUCGCAUUGUCUCGCGAGCACCCUCACGACCACCGGCUGCCCGUUUAUCCUACGAAUUACCUGAAUCUGUCUUUCGUCCAACGGUACGAAACAUAUUUUUCCCCGGCUCCGCGUCGUUGCUCGACUAUUGUCUCGUUCGUUAGGGCUCCUCGCGACGUUCGCGACGAGAGCCGGUUUACCGACGAACUAAUUCUUCCGAUGCCUCGAGUAUCGCGGAAACGAGCUCAACAUGGAGCGCAAUCGCGUUCUUUGGCUCGUUCGAAAGAACGUCUGUCUGUACCGGUGAAAUAAAAUAUUGUUCGCGUUACGAACACCGUAUAAACCAAUUCGUAACGGAUUCCAAACGACUGGAGACUGGAAAUUUCGUACGAGCGUUUCGUCGACGAUCGUUCUAACCAAACCUAACCUAACCUAACCUAACCUAACCUAACCCUUGGUUUCGCUCGAAUCGUCGGAUUAGAUUUAAUCAUCGUUUGACGGAGGCGCUUCGUAACGAUUACAUUGUCCAUCGACGCAGGGACGAGGGUCGCGCUACUAACUUUGCCCUUGCAAGUACCGACGAACACCACCCACACUUUGACGAGUUACAAAGUCAUCGCGGCGCGAAUCCCGUUAUUUUCCAACGGCCAACCCGAGAUACACGAAUUCACGAAAAUCUUCGACAAACUCUAACCACAUCGAUCGCUCGAUAGAAACAUUUUGGAAAUUUCUGUCGUCGGAAAUUCGAAAGGUUGCAAUAUAUUUGCAUCGAGCGAAAAUUUUCUCCGAAAAGUCAAAGAAAAGCUCAGUUUCGAAACGGUUCCGUUUACUUACGUCUACGAAUCAGUCUGUCGACUACAGAUACUCACUUUCGAUCGCGAGUGUACCGCCAUUGGGCUCGCGUUAAUUGCCAGCCUCAGCCUCUAUUGAGAUUAAUGACAUUGGUUCGUAUUUUAUGCCAGGAUGAGUCUAUCGGUAGCGCUCGUAGCCCGUUAGAUGUGCUCGUGAGCACGGGUCGGUGUUAAUUGGUACAGACGAUCCAGGACUACGUUACUCUACGAAGCCAUUCGGUUAACCAGGAUCGAGAACGGAGAUUGAGCACCAGCUUCGGAUAGCGUUGUCCGUGCCGAUAGAAGCGGGUUAUCGAAUCCUGUUAUCCUCGUUAUCGUUCGACCUGUCCUAGCUAUCUCUCCCUCUCUCUUCGAGUGUUCGAGAUUGUUCGAAUAUCCGGAUCAUCGAAAACUAAGAAAUAACUACAUCAUGAUAUUCUUAAUAGACGAAUCGCUUAAUUGUUCCGAUUCGACCUCUGACAAGAACACGAUAUCGCAAGCGCGAAGGAUAAUAUAAUUGUGUCUGGGUAGAGAAUCGAUGUAGUAUAUGCCGUAGCGGCGAAGAAGGUCACGGAAAAGAGAGUUUCGGAGUAUAAUGUUACUGGAUGUUACAAGCAGUUCGCCAAACAGGAUUACGUUACAUGCUUUUAUUGGUUCGUGUCGAGCGGUUUCGACACGGGAGAUGCUCGCGUUCUGUUCGCGGUAACUAAUUUCCCUUCGCGUUACGUUUCCGUUCUCCUGGUGUCGAAGAAACGUUUCAUCGAAUCGCUAUAGAACCUGAGGUUUAUCGCAACGAUUAACAGGAACCGUAAUUAAUCCUUUUCUCCUACGAUUUCGUGGUUAAAUUCGUGAAAAUUUGACUCGUUCGUCAAAUUACGUAAACAUGUUCAACUUCUGAAGAGAUCUCGUGUAUAAAUCCUUUAGCAGGGCCAACGACCAAACGCUUAAAAUCGAUAUUGUAUCGUUUGGGAGACAAUAAGUCGUCUAAAAUUGUAUCGUUAAACAAUGUGGAGUUGAAUGUGAAGUCGAGAGAGAGAGAGAGAGAUUUCUCGUGAUCGCGUUAAAUAGAAAUUCAUGGAUCGGAGUCGAUGGCGAGGAAAGAAGUUGGCUGAAAGCCCUUCGCCGCCACAAUGUCAUCGUGAUCGCCGUAAUUCGCGAAACAUGAGCCCCAUCGAGGAGAAAUAGGGCCGGUAAAUCAGAAAACUUUGUACGGAAAGGGGAAACGCGGAGAAAACAGGCUGGCUGAGCGAAAUUAUAUUUACCCCGGGGACUUUGGUCCGAGGGAUAUAUUAUUUCGGGGGAAACGCUUGCGAGGAUUCCGCGGAUACGGAAUCUCCUAUCCCCGAGGACUCGACGAUGGAAAUUCACGAGUAAUUCGAUAGCAAUUUUUUCCCCCGUGGUUCCAUGCUUUUUACCGGGUCACGAUUACGAUCCCUAUCGAUCGUUUCACCGAAACGUUUCGCGCAGGGAGCGGAAGUCGGCGACUUCGAGAUGGAAAGAUAAGAACGUUGUACUAACGUUCGGAAAAGACAAACAAGCCAUAGUUCGUGCCCUGCCCUUUUGCCGCGAUACUCUAAACUCUAAACGGAACGUAAGACAUCGUUAGGCUGAACUCGCGAGACGAGACGUAAAAUUGAUUUAGAGCGGUCGGCAUGCCGUCUAGCCGAUAAAUCAGGACGAAAAGCAAUUUAAACGGGUAGAGAGGUCCGAUCAUCGUAACCCCGGCGUAAUAUUCGCCGCUGAAUUCCGGCCGUUGGCAUAAGUUUUCAUUUGCAGCGUCCCGUUAACGAAGUCUUCGCCGAUAAAUUCGCCGAAGCUUUUCCGAGGGUAAUCCCAUUGUCGGCUGAGCUCGAACGAGAAUCGACUCUCCACGGGAAUUAAGACGAAUCUCUUCGGCUCCGCUUUGCUCCGCUCCGGCCCGCUUCGUACUACGCUCGUCUCUACCCUAGUCCGCACCUGUUUCUUAUCGGCUAUCGGAAAAUGGACCGUUACAGAGUUGGCCAGAAUUGCCAGAGAUUUGUUUCGGCCCGAACGCUUUAAGCGGAUUGAAACGAAUGGAGCGAGUUUUCCUUCGAGAACUUGGACGCGACCGAUCUUUGAACUUUUAUAGAUGCGAUUCCGAUACCGCUGCCUCGUUCUAUCGGGUUUGUCGAUGGAAUUCCUCGAUGGAUAUAAUCUCCGGAAGAAAACGGUUUCAGAUAUUUUUCCAUUACUUCCGCUUGUCUCUCCGAGUUUAUACGGUGUAAAUAAAACGCGUUCUCUUCGAAUAUUUCGAGAACCGGCAGAGAGUAAACGUAGAAGAAUAUUUCGUACAUACGAAUCGAAUUUCUAAAGGAAAAUUAAGAAACACGCGCAAACCCGACAGUUACCUUUCGAACUCGACGUCGACGUCGGGUUAAUCUUGGUCGAUCUAACAGUAAAAGCAGACCGGUAGAAGCAACGGUGUCUCUGAUAAACGGCCCCUUCGGCCGUUGCAUUAUGGAAGCAUCCGCUAUUUCGUGAUAUUGUGCAGGGCUGGCUGCAUCGUUGUUAGGGGAAAGGGAUCAGUAUGGAUGCGGUCUGGACGUUAAUGGCAUGUGCUACGCUCACGGCCUGUAAACGCAACCGGCCUGCAUUGUGGCCGCACCUGCAGUCCUCAACAAUUCCACGCGGCCGCGGUUUAACAUUGUAGCUAAACCGCACGUUUGUUCCCCUAUACCCUCUACCUAUACUAUAUGCCUUAUGCGAACGCGUACGGUCGGAUGCAGCUGCAUCCAGAAAAGUUGCGAAAAACCGAAACAACUGUGCCGCGUGUCAGUCGUUCGUAAGUCUCUCUUACGAAAACAUGCGGCAUUUCUAACCCGACUCGCGGAUGCUUUAUUAGGAAAUUAUUCCUGCGAUAUGUUUACGAUUAUUAAACUUGCUACAUUAUUACCGCAUAACAAAAAGAACACCUGUCAUCUCUUCGACGCACACGCGCGCGCUUAGUGCCGCUGCUUUUAAAUACCACGAACGCGGUUGGCGUACAAUGGAAGAAUUAAAAACACGUAUAUCGGCAUGUCCAUUGUCGCGUUAUCUACGCGCGAAAUAGAUGCGAUGAAAGCUACCGAUCAAUGUGUAUUUAUGAGUUUGAUCGUCUUUCGAAAAUGUUUCAAAGAUCCAAAUAUAGAUGCAACGUUGAUCGAACGUUAAUCGAUGUCUUCUCUCGCUGGUCUAACGGUGUUACCACGUUACAUCGAAAGCGUCGGUCAUUGACAUGGCAUGGCGGGCGUGGCUAACAGUCGGACUACGUUUAAGAGGUGACAAGUUAUUUGUACCGGUAGUAAGUUGAAAAAAUAUUAAAUAAUUCCGUACGAACCAUCGAAUUUAACUUAUCUAAUCGAUCCAUUGCCUAUCUCGUUCUCGUUGAAACGCUCGGCGAUUAGUGGUAUUUUCAUCGAACCUGUUAAUUCACGGCGUUAGUUUGAUCGUUUCGCGCAGUUGACGCUCGCAACCGGACGAUGCUCUGCUCGUCCGUCACAGUCUGAUUCUUUCGGUUGGCGCGAAAACCGAAAAGGAAAAAACGCGCAAAGGGGAAUGGAGCGCGAAGAGGCGGCAGGAAGCACGCCGCUUUAUUGCACGCUGCUCGUUGCGUGCAUAAUCGCAGGACCGAAAACCUCGAAAAACCGUGUUGGUUCGUUCACCCCUCGAACGAACUUUCUCCUCUUCGUCCAUCGAACUACGCACGAUUUUGACUACACCUGCCACGCUCGACACUUUCACCCGUGCAUUCGCGUGUACUCGCACGUUUCGCCAUCGCUGUCUGCCCACGAUCAAUUUUUUUUCCUUGCUCGAUUCGUAUCGGUAGACGGUUACGUCAUGGAUCGUCACGCUGUUGGAAUCGAUUCGAUGUAUUCGUCGAGGUGUAAAUUUUCGUCGGAAGGUUGGUUCGCGCGUUCUACAGGAAACGAGUUCCUUCAAAAUCAGAAUAGUGCCGUGUCACGCGAAACGAUUGUUCGCGCGAAACAAAGGACGACUUAAAUGUCCGUGCGGCCAACGAUCACGCGAACGGUAUAACGCUAAAGGGGUUGUUCGCGAAUCGCCGCUACGACAGAAAUUUCGAAGGAGCUUUGACUUUUCUAUCUAUUCUCUGAUACGCGAUAACGUAUUUUCUAACCCUGCCCGUAAUUUAUUAACACCGGAUUCGAAAUAUACGCGUUGAAAGCGCUCGACCGCAGAAAUUCUCCAGGGCCCGGAGAAAAUGCCUCCCUUCUUCGAGGAAAUGGUCUCGGCCAAACUCCGAAAAACUUCCUGCACCGCCUAAUGGCAAGAAAAGUCGAGCAGCCUUUCGGCGCGGCGCUUCCGCUUCAGCCUACGCGAGAGAAGGGCGUAUCGUCGUCCCUGAUCCUUCGAGACCUCGCCUCGAGAAUACGACGAUUGCUUGCUAGUAAUAAACGAACGUCGUAAUCGAUAAGAUUUCCACGAAACGAGAUACUGUUACAAAACUGCCUAUCAAUUUUUAGCGAUUUACGUAUCCGUCGUCGUAUCGUCGCGAAUACGCGACGCGUUAGGAAAUUGAUUCGAAACGACCCUCGUAUUUACCUACUGUAUCUCGUACCGUGACUCUUGAACCUGACCCUGAAGCUUUCCGCCCGUCGCGUCGGAUCAAACUGUCCGAACCGAUUGAGUUAUCCGUAGCAUAGAGCAUUUAUCACACGAUUCUCCGCUAUCGAUCACUAUCUUUUUCAUAAUUAUUCACGCGUUUAACGCGUCACGUUGUUAAAUCGAUAACUGUCCGUCGUCAAGUAGACACCUGCCAUUUUGUUCCCGUCAGCGGACCACGCACCUGUGCGUGCCUCUCGUACGAAGACGAAUGCGCUCGGCCGUGUUUCUUCUUUGCUUUCGCAGUCACCUCGAUACGUUUGUUCCGAACUCUAAGUAAAUAACAUCGUUGAAACUAGUCGGAGUAAACUAUUGAUUAAAUUAAAUUCAUCGCGAUGUCAAUUACGUAUAUUGUUCUAGAAAUAAGCCAUAGAACAGAUCGUUUCGUUUGGUACUCGAUCUCGAGGUUUCGAAACGAGCCUCGCUGCGGCUCCAUCGAAUUUUCUGUCCAGCUUGGAGGCGCCUGCGAAAGAACACGUUUCGAGAAUAAAAAGAGGCAAGCGAUGCAGAAACCACAGGAUCCAAUCGUAGCCGUGCGUCAUCGUAUCGGCUCGCGGGAGCCAGCCAGCUUACUCCUGGUGUUCGUGUUACGUAACCAAGAGCCCGUGACCUCGAUCCCAAGCUGCUUCGGCUUCGAGCAUUUCUUGCAGCACGAGUUGCAGAACUAGACGGGCCAGGUUAACCUCCCACAGACAAAACAACCGGCUUCGAACACGACCACGAUCUUUUUGCCGGCUCCUGGUACAGUCGCUGCUCGCACGCUUUUGCCUUUGCUUUCGCGAUUUCGUUUCGCCCGAUCAUUCCGACAGUUUCUUUCUUUCGAUCGCGCGUUAACGCACAUUUUCCAAAUAAACUUCCUGUUAUUCCCAUUAUUCCUAUUAUUUCUAUUAUUCCGUUAUCGGUGCAGCCAAUUCUCGACAUUAACAGAUUUUUUAUACCGAGUCGAAGUAGUUCAACUUUGGAUUCUUUCAUUCAAAUAUCCGAUCAUUUUUUCAGCUGGUGUUAUUCCGGGACUCUCUUCUUUACAAUCGAGUCGUUUCAGCGUUUUUCUAUGAGGUACCAGGCGCGUCGUUUGCCUAGCUCGUAAAUAAAGAGUUUCCCUCGCGACCACGAAAAGCUAAUGGAGGUUGAUUGUGAAUUAUGGAGGCUCCACGGACGCUCGCAUAGUUUACAGAACGGCGACGAAGCGCCGAGUGAUUGUAAGUUAUUGGCAGUUCCGUGCCUCUUCGUCGCGCGAAUCUUCGCAAAGGAUAGACGACUUUACGAAGAGUCGAUUCCAAAGUGGUUGGAAACGAGGAUGAAAUCCUUUAAACAACGUUAAGGCAAGGUGUUCGGCCGGUUGGCACAGCGUCUGUUAAAUAACGUAGAAAUCUUCGCCGUACUCGAGUCUGACCAUCGUCGUCGAAUCGGUGUCGAAUACAGUUGACAAGUUAUGAUCGGUUCCAUUCUGCACACUGGACAUUCGACGCGUCGAAUAGCGCGAACCGGAGAUUCCGAGGACGCAUUUGGUGCGUACCGAGGCACAAAGUUGUCGGGAAAAAAAAUAAAAAAAAAGAGACGGAAAGCCAAGAUCUUGGAUCGGUCAGGAGGUUUUUUUACGAGGACCGAGUAACGGCCCGUCCAGAUACGAUCGCUUUUAUUACGGCCUCCUCGAGACGCGUAGGUAACGUGCCUCGCGAUCGUAAGCGCGCAAUUUUUUUCCUUCGGCCAGCGUUCACGUCCAGAAAACGAUCCGACCGGGUAAUCUUCUUUAAUGCGCAUCGCCGAUGCCCGAAUGCCGUGAACGUGACGCGAACAAUGGAUUCGAUCAGCGAUUCGUACGAUCGCGUACGCUUUAUCUCUUCGACUAGCCGAGCCAAUUGUUCGCUAAUCGAUCGCGCCUGAUCGUUAUCAUUCUCGCACCACUAACGUACACUAACGUAACGAAUUUUAGAACGCGACAAUACUCAACGACGAAGUUAACGAAUGAUCGCGUAAUAAGUUAUCUUCUCGCGCAGACUCUUUUACUCGGUGUAGGUUACGAGCCAGCCAAUUUCUAUUUGUAAUUGAAACGAACUCUGCUGGCCUCCGAAGCACCGAUCAGUUCACCGGUUGAAAAUUAUCGGACACACGAGUCUCGCAAGAUGACUGUGAUUAAUUCACCAGAUACGAGAUGCGAUCUCGCGUCGUUCGCAUCGAGCAAUGUUUCCUCUCGUCCUCGAAUCGGUCGCCUGGUUUCAGGUAACAACCUAUUGACCAACGAAUCCAAGCGCACACGGUAUGCAAAUAAAUCGGCUGAUUAAUAACGCAGAAGGGAAGCUCUUAUUUCGAGCACGGUACCUCUCUCCUACGAAUUAACCACCGUCUUCGCGGCUAAGCGAUGUUUAUCGGAAAGUUAUUAAUCGUACACGAAUAAUUGUUUUUCAGCAAAAAAAAGAGAUCGUAUUUUGAAAAAAUAAGAUCGUUAGGUUCGUUAGCGGAAUUAUCGUGAUAGAAUCGUUGCGAGGAAUUUCGAUUUGAUGGCACGACAAGAGGAGAGAGAAUCGCGUGCUAACGGCAGCCAUCAGCGGGGAAAAUGGAAAAAGGCGCAACCCAAUUUCGUCGGCGAGGAAAGCACUUCGAUUGCCACAUACUGGCACCCGUCACGAGCACUUCCAUCGAAGGGUGAAGCUGCAGGGGUAGUCUCGUGGAAUGGCGACAGCCUAGUCCUGCUUCGAUGAAAGCCUGGAAAAUCCCAUAAAAUAUUCUGCGACUCCGUCGAGAAGAACUCGUCGAACUGUAACCAAUUGUUUGGAUGUAAAAAAAUAGAUAUUUUUAUGCCGACGUUUCAUCGGCAUAAAAAUUUUCAUUAGAAGACGACACUCUUAGUUACCAUAGUCGGAAUCGAACCGAGAGUCUCGAAUAUUGCGAGACGGGAAAAGCUUCGAAUUUCGCAUUUAUUUUUCGUUUCUAUCGAAAACGGACAAUUUCCGCAUCUCAAGGAAUCUCGAUUGUUCCGGAAUCUCCGGAGGUUUUCCGUUCUUUUUCGAACACUACGAGACAUUUUCCACCGGCAGUCGGUCGGAAAUCGAUUUCCCAAAGGUUCCGAUAAUUAACUCUCUCUCCCUCUCUCCGGCCCUAUCGUCAGUGGGAACAGCGAACCGAAUGGAAAAAGAAAUACACCGCUUGUUAUUCCAGUUCUCGAGGUAAAACAGGCCAGAGGCAACGUAUUUGCACGUGAACGGAAAAGGUUCCGUUCUGGCUGUUUCCGUCCGUCGUCCACUUGGCGAAGCGUAACGACCAACCGAGCCGAGCCGAGCCGAGCCAAACUAAGCCAAACCAAGCUAGACCAAGCGAACCGACCAAGUAGCCGGCCAGACGAUAGACUGGGAACCGUCUGGUAGACCUUGAACGGCCCUUUAACUGGUUGCGCUGCAGUCAAGGUUACGCUCUUCCUCUUUUCACGCUGCUGCGAAGCCCGCGGGAGAAGGCACCGGAUGAAUAGGGUCGUGAGUUAGCCACUUUGUCAAGGACGUAGUCGGUCUGCUAACCAACUGGAAUAUACAUACAUAUACAUAUUCGUAAAUCAAAAUAAAUACUGCAUCUUUCAACUCUCUACGAACCGAUAGCUGUAUUUCUUUUGAAAUCUCAAUUCUCUCUCUACGUAUUGUAUACUUGUAUGUACAUGCUAUUACGCUUCGCGGCACGAUCCAUGCGUAUUUGCUUAACACGUAUUCUUAUCAAAUUCGAUGCCACGUAUUACCAGUUUAGUAAUAACGUUCAUCUCCUUCUCCUCUUUAUUCGCUUCGAGGAUACUUUUUUCAAUUCGACAAUCAUCGAUCUCUGUUCUCUUUUCCUGUGCGGUUAAAGCGGAUAAUAUUAGAUCGCUACUUUCGCUUGAUUCAAUUUAAAAAAAAACAGUUUCCAACUCGUUAGCUUGUAUUCGUGCAACUUGUAGCGAAUCCAGUUUACCGAAUAGAUCGUAAGAAAUAUAAGCAACAGAAGGAGUAGUCGGUCCAGCCGUAAAAGCGUCGGUAGCAUCGUGAUAAGCGGCUCCUGUCACGGGGUCAAAGAUCAAGAAAAGACCUGUCAUAUAAAACAACGUGGAAGCGUCCAAGAUGGUUCCAGGAUGGUUCCAAGAUGGUUCCAAGAUAUCCAGCAGUAUUAUCGUCAUCAACGUUCUCUCGUAUCGAACAACGACGCGAUCAUCGUUCCUCGCCAAAAAGAAAGUACUAAAUAAACGAAGUUACGAUUCGGUCACGAACGAUUUCCGCGUUGUCCCAGCAAAUCGAUGACUAGGCUCGGUAUCGUUCACGUAUAAGCUCGCGUAUUGGUGUGCGUCGAAAGAAAGAUGUCCCUUUACCGGUCGUAACUAAAUAACAACAGAGAGAUACAGCCUCGCGAACCACGAGGUGGUUAAGGUCGAGCUUAGCCAACGCCCCCAGCCAACAUUCCUUAUCAUUACAUCCCAUAAACAUUAUCCUCGGUUCCAUCGAGAAUGAUUCCUUGAUCCGGCUACGAGAAGUCGAGUGGAGGUAGCUCGUCUCCGAUCCGGAGGAGUGCAGGAGAGACGGAGAGAGAAACGCUGCCGAAGGAGCCACGGCGAAAGGAAGACGAAGAAAAGAGGAAGACGAUCGAGUACGUUUACGCGCGACUCUUUCGGCACCGUGUACUUUUUAAUUCUCCUUCGCUUCCUGUACGUUCUUCUCGUCUCGACCGGUUAGGUUAGGUUGCCCGUGCGCGAACAGUCGCGACAUUAUUUCGACAUUCCGAAACGUUCAACUUUCGAAUUUCUCUACGCUACCGAUGUAAAACGGGCUUAGGUAAAAGGAAAUACGGCCGCUGCAGCAUGGACGCGAAGAAAUCGAACGUUCGGAAUAAAGAAGGGAAAGCGAAAGCGUAUCGACACCCUUUGAAGGAUCGGUAGUAGUCAGAUUCGAAUAGGGUAGCAACGAGGCUUGUCCGUCGAAGAAGACGCCGUUAAAUAGGUAGUCGAACGGGCAUCCAAUAUGCAAAGUGGUCGGUGGGCGCGUGUUUCACCUACCAUCGGCGUAACUCAACGGAAUAUCGUUGCUAGUGACGGGCUUUUCGAGGGCCUGCCAGAGAGCAGGAGAGUGUACAGAGCUGAUAGGAGCCACCAUUACCCAUCCCCGUGUUCGAGCAGCUCCGCGUACAAACCCCGUACAACAACCCCUGUGUACAAUCUCCGUGUGGCUAACAGACCGGUCGAGAGCCCUACGGGCAGUUCGUUGUCCAGUGGUACGCUCCAGCUUCUCCACCUAUCCAAGUCGAUGCUAAUUAAUCGUUUUUAACGUUCUUUUCGUCAACGAGACCCGCGCGAGUAGGCGAGUACGUCGAUCGACUAAUUAAAUUUCUUUGAGAAACGAUUACGAUCGUGAUCACGGUUAUCGAACGUAUCUACAAAAAUAAUUUAACGCGAAAAAUCGAUUGUUCGAUCAAGUUCGAGAAGACAGCUGUAACAUACUUAAAACGGCGAAUAAACCAGUCGAGUAUCUUUUAAUAAAUAAUAAGUAAUCACCGGUAAUCCUUGGCUCUCGUUAAUUCGAUUCAUCGACGUCGAGCUGCGUUUUCGCAGGAAAUCGAACGAAACGAUAAUCACCGAUUCGAAGCACGAUUUUGCCAGGUAACGGUAGCUGUUCGUCCACGUUACUCGUUACCGAACAGAAGAGCUUUUAUGAAUAUUUAUCCUCGCUGCCAUCCGACGAUUAAUUCGUCUUUUAGCGACGACGACAACAACCAGAUACCGGUUUCAAAGCAACACCAAGAUCGAUCGAUCGCGUUCCACGCUGACGUUAAAUCGCGUUUGCUCGGCCAUAAACGAUCUAAUACGCGCCUUUUCGACAGAUAUCGCCCUCGAAAGGUGAUGCGCGAAGCACGAAUUAUUAAACGAUCGAUGGAAAAUUUUUGCCUGCAAACCGGAUAAUAACGGAUAUCGAAGAGUCAACGAAGAUUCAGGGUAACGGUAGGAGGGCAGUUAUCCGAAAAUAAUCAGCUGGAAUUAAAAUAAAAACAUGCAUCCAGAUUUGUCGGGUCGUUCUCGUUUCUCGAUUAUUUCACCGAUCGUUUCGUUCGAUUCGUAAUGUCGGUCACUGGUACCAACGUGUCGACGUACGCGUUACUUUAACACUAACCGGGUUACGGAUCCCUUCUUUAAACGGUAAUCGAGAAAACAAAAUAAUCGGCGAUCGUUAUCGGAUCUAUAUCGAUCGAUGAUUUAUCGGUUGCUGGCCGAUUCCGUAAUCCAUGACCGCGGCGACACGCGCCUCGCAUUCGUAGCUGCGUUAUCUAAUCGAUAAGCAGUCGGAUAAAUUGUUCGAUUGUCCAUUAUCGUAUCCAGUCGGUAGCAUGAUUUCUCUAGUGCUCGUGACAGUGCUGCUCUUCGGCGCUGCGGUUCAAGGCGAAACGGAGAGCAGUACGGCGAUCCCUUAUCAGGAUGCGGAGUGGGUGAGUUACGGUUUAACCGGACGGAUAGUGAAUGGUACCAAGGCGGCACUCAGACAGUUUCCUUAUCAGGUGUCGUUGAGACGCAGCUACAACGCCGCACACUUUUGUGGUGGCUCGUUGAUAAGCGAGUAUCAUGUUCUUACCGCGGCACACUGCAUGUUUCUCUCCGGUUCCAUGAUACAACCGUGGACGAUCAUGGUCGUCGCUGGACAAUUGUUGCUCAACGAACAAAGUUCGACCGGACAGCGGAGGGGAGUGGAAAAAAUCGACGUUCAUUCUGAAUUCGAUAAAGAUACUUUGCAGAACGACGUCGCUUUGCUCACCCUGAAGGUUCCUUUCAAGCUAACACCCGAGGUUAACGUCGUACCUCUAACGAGCGGUACACCCGAACCGAACACGGUUUGUCAAGUGGCCGGCUGGGGUUACCCAUCGGAAGAUGACCAGACGGUGAGUAAUCGUCUCAUGUACGUGGAUCUGCCAAUAAUAAACCUCGGUAUCUGCAAGAAAUUGUUGUCGUACGUGACGGACGUGUUUCCGGGAAUGAUGUGCGCCGGCUAUCUGGAAGGGCAAAAGGAUGCUUGCGGGGGCGAUUCUGGAGGCGGUAUGCUCUGCAACGGCAUCCUGGCCGGUGUCGUUUCAGGCGGAGACGGCUGCGCGCGGCCUAGAGUGCCAGGUGUCUAUUCGGACGUUCAUUUUUUCCAGAACUGGAUAGAGGAACACAUGGAAACACCGGUUGUCCUCGGACGUAUCUCGUCUGGCGGAGAGAAAAUGCUCAACACCUCCCUGUUACCCUUUAUCGUUUUUUCCAAGAUGUUGCUAAAACGUCUUUAGCGUAACAUGUAUAUUCUGUUUGUUUAUAAAAUUUGCAUUC